AUCAAUUGUAAAAUGCUUCGCUACAUCGCACCGACUGGAAAUGAUUUCCCUUUCUUUCCCAUGUUUACGACAGCGAACGAGCGUUUACACACGCUAGAGGACGACAACAAAUUGGAUGAAAUCGGAUAUCCGCAAACGAGACUACUAAAACCCGUUGAACAACGCGGGCCACACGUAGUGUCAGCACCAACGAAAUCGCCACCGCCGGUCUUGAUGCCAAAACCUACUCCUGCUGUACCGCCAACACAAAGAUUGGUUCAUCAACAGCCGCCCCCUGUACCUUUAACAACAAAUAAUGUUCAGAGUAACAAUAACAUCAGCAGCAAUGAUAAUUCUAUCCACAGCAAAAAGACAGCUACUACGAUCUCAAACAACACCUCCAAGAUUUACAAGAAUAAUAACAAUAUUAGCAACGGUAGCCACAGCAACAGCAACAGCAAAAGUGUUCACCAUACGAUGCAAACAAGUACUUCGCCCUCUAGUGGUGCGACUUACACCACCCCACAGCCCUCGUUAUCGGUAGAAUCGGAAGCCGACAAGAAGAAUUUGCUAAACAAAUCGGUGGUGACCAGCACCAAUACCAACUCUAAAGUGAUGCCUUCAUCUACCGCCCCAUCCGAUAAUAACCAUAAAGGUUCCACUGUACGACCUCAAGGCAUUUUGAUGAGAAAAUUGGGUGCAAGCAAUACAGCAUCCCCUUCUUCUUCUUCUCCAUCUUCCGUACGUAAACCUCUCACUGGGACAACCAUAAUGAGCAGCAGUAGCAGUAAUCAGCCUCAUCCGGUGUCGCUGCAACAAGAUCCACACAAUAGGGUAUCAUCUUCAUCAAGCACUGUGCGACAGCAACAACAACAACAACAACAACAACAGCAGGCAUCGCGCACCGACGCCACUUCCGGUGCUCCUGCAGCUGCUCCUGCUGUAGCCGCCACCAACACAUCAUACAACAAGGUCACUUUCGAGGAUACCCAAGCAGGACCCGAAAUCUCCGCCGAAGUCAGGGCCAUUAUGGAUCAAAACGACUUAUUAAGACGUGAGGUGGACUUACUUCGCCGCCAGCAGGAAUCAUGGCGCAGAUCCAAGUUGGAGAUGGAACGCGCAAAGUUGGAAAUGGAGCGCGAGCAGCAUGUUGUGACCAAUAAACUCGAGCAAUUAGAGGAGCAACUUCGCCAUUACUGUUUCAUUGCGACAGGCUCAUACCCGACAGGUGCCGGUGCUGGUAGUACUAGUGGUGUGCGUAGCGAAGAGAAGGGUAAAGGGAUCGUACAUCCGACACACUCAAGGUCAGACCCCACCACAGCAUCACCUCGUAAAUUUAACAAACCGCCGAGUGGUGGGGGGCGGUCACCCGCAUCGAAGCGUCACAGGAGCAGAAGUGUUCCGCGCUUUGACGAGGAAGGAGAGCAUGCUUCACGCUACGCUGCGCCGCAACAAUUGCCACGACGCCGCUAUGACGACUACGACUACGACUAUGACGAUUAUCCACCACAGCCAGAGUCAACGGACGAGGAAGAAGAUGAAAGAUGGGAAGAGUUUAGUAGUCGACGGUUACCCCCACCAUCAUUUACGCGGCAGCACCCUCAUCAUCAAUUUCGGUACUCGGCUGCUCAUCCACCACCACCGCCUAUUGUUCCGCUAGCUGGACCACCACCAGCUUUGCCGCCUCCUCAGCUACCACCCAUCAACAGAAAAUGGGAAGGACGAGGUGGAUCACUUCGACGGAGAAGGUCAGGUUCCAUGACACCAUUUUUGCCAAGACCAGUACCUCCCCAUUAUCACACACUACCUCCUCGACAUCAACAUCAUCAUCUUUGGCGAGACUCAGGAUCGGCGUAUGAAGGUGCAGGAGGGGGCGAUUAUGCAUGGGAUGAACCACCACCGCCAACUCAUCGGUCGUCGCGUUAUUAUGACGAGCCAUCAGAUGAUUUCGACGAUUAUCCACCACCACCUCCACCACCAGUAGGAGCAUCACAAAAACGAUAUCCGCAUGACAGACGUUUGUCCAUUGGAGGAAGAGACCGUCGGUCAUUUCCGGCGUAUGGGUCUUCCAUGUAAUUAUUCUGUAUUAGAUUGAUUAUAUUCUGUACAUAAAUAAAAAAGAAACCCAGAC